UUUGAAAAAUAAUUUAUAAACAAAUAAAAUAAAUAAACAAAUGUUUAGAAAAUGUUGUGUUUAUUAGUUUGACUGACAUUUUGUUAAGACAUUAUUUAGACGAUUAAGAAAUGGUUAACAUAGAGGAUGACACCAAUGAAGUAAUAUUAGCGACGGGAGGCUAUGACCACACUAUCCGUUUGUGGUCCGCACACACCGGGGUUUGUCAUCGCAUUGUUCAACACGCAGACAGUCAAGUGAAUGCAUUGGAGAUAACGCCGAACCGUCAUAUGUUGGCUGCGGCCGGCUUUCAACACAUCCGCAUGUAUGAUGUUGUGUCCCAACACCCGAACCCAGUGGUCAACUAUGAAGGCGUUUCCAAGAAUAUCACUUCAUUAGGGUUUCAAAGUGAUGGCAAAUGGAUGUACAGCGGGGGUGAAGACGGAUCGGUCAGAAUAUGGGACUUAAGAGCCCGAAGCUUACAAUGUCAACGACUCUUUCAAACAUCAAAUUCAAUCAAUUGUCUGGCAUUACAUCCCAACCAAACAGAUCUCUAUAUCGGUGACCAAAGUGGAGUCAUUCAUAUUUGGGAUCUUCAAAGUGGUUCAGAUCGUAGCGAACAACUAGAAGUAGAUUACGAUAUAUCCAUACAAAGUAUAGCCAUUGAGUGUGAGGGCAAUCAUUUGGCGGCCGUCGAUAACAAAGGAAAUUGUUAUAUAUUUGCUUUAAAACACAACAAAGGAGUCGACAGUUUACAGAAGAGACUUAAAUUUACGGCACACAAGAAGUUUGUUCUAAAAUGUCGCUACAGUCCCGACUCAACACUGUUGGCCACUUCAAGUGCCGAUCAAACGGCUAAAAUAUGGCGAACGGCUGACUUGUCUGACUUAAACUCAUUGUCACAAACAACUGACAGCGAGAAGAAAUCAACGAAACAACUGAGCGGUACAUCCAUUUGGCCUAAAGUUGACUCUAUAUAUCCAGCCGUCGAACUUAAAGAUGACAACCAAAGAUGGGUUUGGGAUUUAGGCUUUUCUAUUGAUUCGCAAUUUAUUAUAACCGGAUCAUCAGAUAAUAACGCCCGUCUCUGGAAUGUAUUUUCAGGUGAUAUAAAACGGGAAUAUAGUGGCCAUCAAAAGGCUAUAACGGCCAUUGCUUUUUCAGAUACAUUAGUGUCAUAAUUAUAUUCAUUUAUAAUUUUCAUAUAUUGUUAUUCAUAUACAUAAUUAAAUUAUAUA